CAUUCAUUCCCCGUGGCGCUGAUGCUGGCCUGGCUUGGCUCUCGCUGCCCUGCGAGCUCUUCCGCCCUGGCUGCCGAAGGCCCCUUCCCGCCAUCUAAUGAUACACUCUGCAUGCGCUUCUGUUGAGAAUUUGUGGCUAGACAUUCCUGUGGGACCGAGAAUCCAAAUUCUUGGGUACAAACAGAAACUUACUUUCCUUGGGGAGGAUUUUUUUUCUCUCUCGCUCACACACACUCUCGCGUUCUUUCCUUUUUCUUUUUUGUAGCAGUAGGGGGGGAAGAGGCAAAACAAAACAAAAACAAACAAAAAGCAACACACCACCACCCCUCUAUUUGCAAAAGUAGCUAGGGAAAAAUCCGGCAGCAGCCAACCGAGUCAAUCCCAACCCACCCCCACUGAAGGGUCGAGUUCUCGCCUUCCUCAGCGCGGGGCAUGGCAUCAAACAGCAUCUUCGAUUCCUUCCCGACCUACACGCCGACCUUCAUCCGCGACCCGAGCACCAGCCGCCGCUUCACACCUCCCUCCACGGCCUUCCCCUGCGGCGGCGGCGGCGGCGGCGGCGGCAAGAUGGGCGAGAACAGCGGGACGCUGAGCGCACCGGCGGCCGUGGGGCCCGGAGGGCGCACCCGGCCCGAGGUGCGCUCGAUGGUGGACGUGCUGGCGGACCACGCGGGCGAGCUGGUGCGCACGGACAGCCCCAACUUCCUCUGCUCGGUGCUGCCCUCGCACUGGCGCUGCAACAAGACGCUGCCUGUCGCCUUUAAGGUGGUGGCGCUGGGGGAGGUGCCAGAUGGAACGGUGGUGACUGUGAUGGCAGGCAACGAUGAGAACUACUCCGCCGAACUGCGCAACGCCUCGGCCGUCAUGAAGAACCAAGUGGCCAGGUUCAACGACCUCCGCUUCGUGGGCCGCAGUGGGCGAGGGAAGAGUUUCACACUGACCAUCACCGUGUUCACCAACCCCACCCAAGUGGCCACCUACCACCGAGCCAUCAAGGUGACUGUGGACGGACCCCGGGAGCCCAGACGGCACCGGCAGAAGCUGGAGGACCAGACCAAGGCAUUCUCCGACCGCUUCGGGGACCUGGAACGGGUGCGCAUGCGGGUGACACCCAGCAUGCCCAGCCCCCGCGGCUCACUCAGCACCACAAGCCACUUCAACAGCCAGGCCCAGACCCCCAUCCAAGGCACCUCGGACCUGAACCCUUUCUCCGAUCCCCGCCAGUUCGACCGCUCCUUCCCAGCGCUGCAGACCCUCACGGAGAGCCGCUUCCCGGACCCCAGGAUGCAUUACCCGGGGGCCAUGUCGGCCGCCUUCCCCUACAGCGCCACACCCUCAGGCACGAGCAUCAGCAGCCUCAGCGUGGCCAGCAUGCCGGCCACCAGCCGCUUCCACCACACCUACCUCCCGCCGCCCUACCCCGGGGCCCCGCAGAACCAGAGCGGGCCCUUCCAGGCCAACCCGUCCCCUUACCACCUCUACUACGGCGCAUCCUCUGGCUCCUACCAGUUCUCCAUGGUGGCCGGCAGCAGCGGCGGGGGUGACCGCUCGCCCACCCGCAUGCUGGCCUCCUGUACCAGCAGUGCCGCCUCCGUGGCCGCCGGCAACCUCAUGAACCCCAGCCUGGGCGGCCAGAGCGACGGCGUGGAGGCGGACGGCAGCCACAGCAACUCGCCCACCGCCUUGAGCACGCCGGGCCGCAUGGACGAGGCCGUGUGGCGGCCCUACUGACCUCCCAGGUCAAAGCGACUGCUCCCAGUGGAAGCGGGGACCCCAGGAACCUUCCCGGCGAGUGGCCGGCCCAGCUGCGAGGCUCGGGGCAGUCACAGGCCCAGAGCUGGCGAUGGCUCAGAGAGCAUCCAGUCCAGCCACAGCUUUGUACAGAGCAGUGGGGUGGCCCCGGCCCACGGCUUAGCCAUCCCUCCCACUUUCCUUGGGCGAAGCAUCGUCCUUGCCGCCUCCCCUGGUGACCUCGCUGUCACCAGUGAGGCCUGGGGUUGUCACAGGGCCCACAUGAUUUGUCUCCUUACCACAGGGCCCUGGGAGGACCUCCCCACCCCCACUUUCCUCAGACACCCAUGGGCCCAGCCCUUCCUCCUCAUUUACACAAACUGAGGCCGAACUGGAAAGUCCGCCCCGCCCUGAGAGGGGGUUCCCUCGUUGUAGACAUGGGGAAAGGACCCACCCAGAGUUUCCAAAAAACCACAGGCAGAGAUUGGAUGAAGGCACCCCCACCCCGUACCCCCACGAAGCCCCUGUCCCUACCUAGCUGCCCCCGGGGCCCCAAGCCCCUGCGUAGACUAGGCUGUGGCAGCAGCUCCCUACAACCGGGAAUGGCACCAGCAGCCGGGCCUCCAGGCACUUUACCAGCCCGAGGCGUUCACCCGCUGUUCUCACAGCGGGGGGCGGGGGGUUGGCCAAGGACCCCCUCACCCCAUGCUGGUCUCAAAGCUGCCAUUUUUGGAGAGAGUACAGGGACCAGGCAGGAACUAGCAGGAAGAGCUGGGGCCUGAUGUGAGCAUACCUGUCCCACCCAGGCCCAGCCAAGCUGUGCACCUCUGCACCCCCCUCAGCGCGCCUCCCGGCCUCUCACUUUGGACCACUCUAUGGUCCCAAAGCCGUCCUGGACAAAAAGUAGCUUUUAAAGCUGGUUUUAGACAAAGAAGCUUCAGGCAAACAUUUUCCAACCCACAGCCUCUCAUAGGUGGAGCCCCAUCGUAAUGAACAAGGUCCUUCCCUCGCCCGAGCGUGGCGUUGUUGGGACCCGGGUGCCUCCUCGCUGGUCGCAUUCCUUUGGCAUCAUCCCCCCGACAUCCCCCAGCAGCUGGCCCCGAGGGGGGCCGAGGGAAACGCUGGUGGGAUGCUGGAAUCUCACGUGUGUGGCUCUCAGACCCUUGUCCGAGAGAACGCCCUGCGUGCCCUGGUGCAGGUGGGUGGCAUGUGCGGGACAUGCAGAGCAGGGGCCAGGUAACGGCAGAACGGUGGACAGGGCUCUGCACCCCUCCCCCCAACCCCACGUGCUCAGAGGCGAGGCGCCGCCCCUUCAGCUUGCACCUGGGGAAACACGCCUUGCCUGAGGGUUCGGGCUGCACGGAUUCCCGAGCCUGAGGUCCUCAGUUCCGGGAAGGGUGAUGUUAGGAAGGGGCAAAACUCACGAGGGGUAGACGGCAUGUGGUUUUUAGCAGUUAUUUCAGCCACAUCCUCUGGAUGUGGAAAUCUCCCCUACAGAAUGCUCCUUCGUGGUUGUCUGCCAUUGCACUGGGCCUGCCGCUCCGCCCCCAGCCUGUACCAGCAGCCAGAUGCUCACACCGGGUACCCACUGACCGGCAGGUUGGCAAGUCCACGUGGUGAUCGCAUCCAUUAUCCAAGCCCUUCCUGCUGCAGUUUCCCGUCCUGCCCGCACUGGAAAGAGCUGUCUCCAUCUCUUCAAAAGAGCUGCCGGGGGUGUCCCGCUGACGCCAUACACCCCGGGGGCUCCCCCCUCUUCUCAGGAAGCAGCUACAAACCCAUCGUCCUGUAUCGUCUUCAUUCCUGUCCUCUGUGGUUGUGGACUGGCCCAGGCCUGUGUGGGAGGCACCCUCGGGUUCCCAGCGCCCAGCACUUUGUAGCCCCACCCCAGAUUUCUGCCUGUUCCUGACAUCCGAGCCUUGAUAGGGGCAGGGACAGGAAAUAAAUGGACCCUCCCCGCAGCCCCAGACUCAAAGUGACCGCAGCCAUGCUGUCUUAAGGCCCAUGGUGGGUGCAGAUGGCUUGGGCUUGUAGAAAUGGGUCCUCAUUUAUAAGGCUACUUUAAAGUUAUACUAGGCAAACACACUGAUUGUUAGAAAAGCACAAAAAAAAGCGCGGGGUUUGAGACCACCCUACUGCAAGCCCGUCGGUGGUGGGCGCAGGUCCAUUGUGACACAUUGUCAUGCUGAGUGUUGGUGCCUGCAGGGCUCAGGGCUUCGUGAGCCGCCCGGAGCUGGGAAGAGGGUGGGGGAGGGCGGGGACUGCUUUGCACUAUAAUUUGCUUGGUGUGUUUGUUUGUAAUGCACAAUUACCUGAACAGUAAAUGGUCUAUGCCUUUGUAAUAUUUAACUGUAAAA